AUGCUUUUCGUCGCCUCCAACUCCCCGCGAGCUGGCCGGCGUGGCGCCGGCGGCACCGGUGCUAAGGAUCUUGCGGAGGAGCAGGAGGUCGAGGCAAAGGGUGGCGUGCUGGAACAGGUCCAAGCCUGCGCGCGAGCGCAUUGCGCCGUCGCGAAGCAGGGUGCGAGUGCGCUCCUGGCCAUCGACAGUUGGCCGAUUCUGCGCCUCGAAGGCCGGCAGCGGCUGCUGCCCCCCUUUGCCAUGAAUCACAUUGCGGGUCAGCCACGAGGCAGCACUGAUCCAGCGGCUGCGUUCAUGAGCGUGCCAACAGCCCUCGGAUGGGAA